UCUCAUAGCAAUAAAUCCUCACAUUCAUCAAGUAACCAAACAAAACAUCAUCAGAUAACAAACACAACAAUGUCCAAAUUGCUCCCUACCCUCCAAUUCCAUCACCUAAUCAUUCUAUCAUCAGCACUAGCCUAUCUUAUUAUCCCUUCACAUUGUUCCAACAACACAUGUCGAUCAUAUUGCGGAAACAUAACUAUAGAUUACCCAUUCGCCUUGCAAAACGGAUGCGGCCACCCAGGCUUUCGUGAUUUACUCUUCUGCAUAAACAAUGUUCUCAUGUUCCAUAUAACCUCGGGUUCCUACAGAGUCCUACAAAUCGAUUACGCGUAUCAAGCUCUCACACUUCACGAGCCACAUAUGUCAACAUGCGAAACAAUCUUCCUAGGAACCAAAGGUAACGGUUUCUCAGUCGAACCAUGGCGGGCGCCAUACAUGAACCCGACAUCCGACAACGUAUUCAUGCUCAUUUCAUGUUCUCCUAGCUCACCAUUGUUUCAAGGCUUCCCUGGUAAACACUUGCCUUGUAGAAAUGUUUCUGGUAUGGGCUGUGAAGAGUAUUAUGGUUGUCCUGCUUGGGAUAUAAUGGGCCAUAAAAAGAUAGGCUCGUCGUCGUUUUUCGGGUCUGGUCCCCCAGAGUGCUGCGCGGUUCCGUAUGAGUCUAUUAAGGGGAUUAAUCUAAGUAAGCUGGAGUGUGAGGGUUAUAGUAGUGCUUAUAGUGUUGCGCCGUUGAAGGUUGAUGGGCCUGGUGAUUGGGCGUAUGGGAUUCGUGUGAGGUAUUCUGUUCAAGGGAGUGGUGAGUUUUGUGGGGCAUGUCAGGCUACUGGUGGAAGUUGUGGGUAUGGUUCUGAUGGGAUUAGACAAGUUUGUAUGUGUGGGAGCUUCAAUUCAACUUCAAAUUGUGAUUCAGUGGGCUUAGUAUCGUCGGGAGCGAGGUCUAUGAAGCUGAAAAUGUUUGCAGGAUUUUUGACCUAUUUGCUAGCAUGGAUGACAGCCAGCUGGAUUUGAAAAGUAUGAAGAACAUGCACAUAUAUACUAAUAUAAUGAGUGUGAAGAGAGUUUUGAUUUGUAUUUCCUAUUUCCCUAUGAAAGACUGGCUUAGUUUUUAUUCAAAAGCUCAUGUAUAUGACAAUUAUUAGUUUAGUUGAACUUUAACCAUAUUCCUUGAUUUACAUGCAAAUGAUAACGGAGUUGAGAACAUAGUGUCCAACCAUUAAAAUGUCAUUAUAAUUUUAAUAUGUUAAUUGAAUUUUAAAU